UCAGGGCACAGCACGUGAGCGAUGAUCGCCGUCGACCUGCUCUUCCUGCUCGAGACAGUCAGCGCUGUUGAUAGCAGCACUCUGCCACUCCUUCCUGACCUCCAGCCCGCUCUUAUUCUUCCUCUACAGCAGCAGCCAGCGGGUGGUGAAGACCAGAAGGCAGAUCCGGGGCCCCUGAACCGAACCACGACGCAAAACUCAAUUUGUCGCGGUGCCUUUGCUUUUGCUUGGCCGCACCUCGUCUGCUCCGUCUACUCUUCUCCUCCCCGUCGCCUUCUUCUCCUCAAUUAUCAUCGUCGGCAGAUGCCACUGCUGCUCUAAUGCGACGCGUCUGGCUUAAAUACUUGCAGCUCGUCGCCGCGGCUGCUGCCUUUGUCUUCGCCCUCGCGGCGGUCGUGCGGAUCACGGGCCCUGACACCCUCUCGACACUGUCCACCACCCUCUCCUCCGCCAAAGCUGCCGCGACCUGCUCCGUGCCGCCUUCCUCCUCCUCCUCUUCUUCUGACUCACAAUCCUCCUCGGCCUCUUCUGCUUCCAGCUUCUACCCGGGCUCCGAAGACAUCCAUGUGCUCGUCAUGACCGGCGCGCAGACGCUGUACGAGCGCGUACCUCUGCACAUCGCCUCCUCCCUCUCCCACAUGCCAUCCUACGCCGUCUACUCCGACUCCCCCGGCACCAUCGCCGGCACUCCCGUCUACGACGCACUCGCCAAUCUCACAGACGCGACUGCGAAAUCCGCAGGUCUGAAAGUCUACCGCCGGCAAAAACACCUCCUGUCCGAGAACGCAAACGUCGACUUCACCGACAAGCGCGCGCAGAUCGAAAACGCAUGGGACCUCGACAAGUGGAAGCCGCUGCCGAUGGCGAUCGACGCGUACGGCAGGGUGCCGACCGCAAAGUGGUACGUCAUGAUGGACGACGACACCUACAUCAUCUGGCCGAACCUGAUCCGCUGGCUCAAGACAAUCAAGCCCACCGACGUGCUGUACAUGGGCGCCGCGGCCGUCAUCAACGGCGAGCCCUUUGCGCACGGCGGCUCGGGAGUCGUGUACUCGCACGCGCUCGCGGAGCGCGCGUUUGCAAACAACUACGACCUCGUGCACAAGCACGAGACCUUCACGGCCGAAAACUGCUGCGGCGAUCAUAUUUUUGCCCACGCGCUUUUGGGGCUCGACAUCAAAGUUAACUACGGGUCCGACUAUCCGUUUGUCAAAUCACGGUUGCAGGGCGAACCGCCCGCGCACGUCAGGCUGGACCGAGGCAGCUGGUGCGACGAGAUUGUGUCGUUCCACCGCGUGUCGCCGCGCGAGAUCGAGAACCUGGCUGAGUUUGAGAAGAAGUACGACUCUGCAAACACGCCGAUCCUGUACCGCGACGUCUACGCGCACUUUGUGAUGCCGUACGUGGUCCCCCACCGCCGCUGGAACUGGGACAACGGCGCCGACGACCGCAUGUUCACCUCGCACGACCCGGACAUCGACGAGGCCGCGUUCCAGUCCUACGAGGACUGCAAGGCGCGCUGCGAGGCGUGGGACGAGUGUCUGCAGUUCCGGUACCGGACCGAGCGCUGUGGUCUGGGCUCGCGACUGCGGCUGGGCGAGAUGGUCGACGGGGACGACGAUAACGAGGAGAACUCGUAUAGCUCGGAGUGGAUGGUCGAUCGGAUUCGGGAGAUGAGGAAAACGCAGAAAUGCGAAAAGGUGGGCGAUUGGGAGCGUGAAGAGGGCGUGUUUUUCAAAGGCAGAAAGUCGCCUUCAAUCGAAGUUAGUGAGCGGUGAUCGUUCGUUUCUCCUCUGCAGUUGUAUAUCUAUUUCAAUGCCGUUUUCUCUUCAUUUGUUGCUCGUACUGCGAUUUGUUAAUUCCACCAGUCUAGACGUCUUUUGUUCUUGUUCUGCUAUCCUUGUUUUGUAUUCCUUUGUUGUUUGCUCUGGACAGGUUUUUAGUUCUCUGUUGCAUUGACGAUGACGCAUUUUGGUUUCCUGUCUUCACCUUGUUUUUAUAAUGAUAAUAUUAUCUUCCUUCUAAUAACC